GGUGCAAUCAGAAACCUAACACCACCAUUCCUGGAUGUGAUCAAGAAGAGGAGGAUCUUUAUGAGAGCUCUGGAUACUGUGGCAUCCUGCUGGAUAAAAACGGGCCCUUCGCUGCGUGCCACCCCAAAGUCAACCCAAACAAUUACUUCAGGGACUGUGUGUUUGACUUGUGUGAACUGGAUGGAGCCAGACCCAUUCUCUGUGAAGCUAUUGAGGCCUAUGUCACUGAGUGCCAGGACCGUGGAGUCACCAUUGGACCCUGGAGGAAUGAAAGUUUCUGUCCACUGAAAUGCCUCCCUAACAGCCACUAUGAGCCCUGUGCUGACCCCUGUCAGGAGACGUGCUCUGGAAGACCUUCCUCCUGUGGCGGACCGUGCUCUGAGGCGUGUGUGUGUGAUCCUGGUUAUGUGCUAAGUGCUGGAAAGUGUGUCGCAAGUAAUACUUGUGGCUGCAAUCACACAAACGGACAGUAUUAUGAGCCUGGAGAGGAAUUCUAUGUGGACGACUGUAAGCUGAAGUGCAAGUGUAAUGCUCCAUUUGUUACCUGUGAGGCGUCAGAGUGUCCCCCGAUGCACGAGUGCAAAGUGCAGGAUGGAGAUUUGGGCUGCUAUCCCACCGGCUCACAGGACUGCGUGGUUUCUGGGGAUCCCCAUUACAACACGUUUGACAAGAAGUUCUACAGCUUUAUGGGAACCUGCACUUACACACUGGCCAGGACGUGCAAGAACAACACAGGUCCUUGGUUUUCUGUGGAAGCCAAGAAUGAGGAGCGAGGAGGACCAGACCUGUCCUACCUGAGAAAACUCUACAUCACUGUGAAUGGAGUCACCGUCACACUGAUGAAGUCCAGGAGAACUCUGGUGAACGGUGUGCGUGUGGCUCUCCCUCACUCCCCCUCUCCUCUCAUGUCAAUCAGUCUUGCCGGUCAGUACGUCACCUUGGAGACGACCUUUGGUCUCCGGGUUCGUUGGGAUGGAAAUCAUUAUGCCCAGAUCUCAGUUCCUAGCUCCUACUAUGACCAGAUGUGUGGUCUAUGUGGCGACUACGAUGGGAACCCAAACAAUGACUUCACUAAACCAGACGGCUCCCUGGUAGACAACGUCAAUGACUUUGGAAACAGCUGGCAGACGAAAGAGGACGAGGAUGAGAGAUGCACUCAAGGCUCGAAGCCGGAACCAGACUGCGACCCCAGCCUGGAGGAGGAGUUGGUGAAACCAGACAAAUGUGGCAAAAUAGAAGAUCCUACUGGACCCUUCAGGGACUGCAUCGCUGUUGUAGAUCCCACGUCGUUCUUCAAAAGUUGUGUUUACGACAUGUGCCAGUUCAACGGCCAGCACCAUGUGCUGUGUGACCAGCUGCAAGCUUACACUGACGCAUGCCAGAGCGCUGGAGCCACGGUGCACCAGUGGAGAACUCCAGACUUCUGCCCCCUGGCCUGUCCUCCUAACAGCUCAUACUCCCUGUGUGUGAGCUCCUGUCCUGAAACUUGCCUGGGUGUGGCCGGCCCGCCUGGCUGUGAGGACGUGUGUGUGGAGGGCUGUGAGUGUAACCCAGGCUUCAUCCUCAGCGAUGACAGAUGUGUUGCAUUUAAAGACUGUGGCUGUGUGGACGCCAGUGGGACGUACUAUCCUGUUGGAGAAGACUGGUACUUGGAGGGUUGUGAGCAGAAGUGUGAGUGUCAGAAAGGAGGUUUGCUCCAAUGUUAUAACACCAGUUGUAGACCCGGCACUGAGAGCUGCCAGCUGCACAACGGACAGUAUGAAUGCCGACCUCUGGGAAAUGGUAUCUGUUCAGUGUCUGGAGAUCCUCACUACACCACCUUUGAUAAGGAAACCCAUAAUUACAUGGGUGCUUGCUCCUACACACUAACCAAGCCCUGCAACGAGUCCUCCGGGUUGCCGUACUUCACCGUGGACACCAUCAAUGAGCACAGAGGGAGUAACAAGAAGGUCUCCUACGUCCGAGCUGUGGUCGUCAACGUGAAAGACGUGACUUUCAUCCUUGGCAAAGGCCGCAAAGUCCAGGUCAACGGGACUUUAGUUGUUCCACCCGUUACCUCCAUCAAUGGGGUUCAGAUCUACCUGAGUGGAAAGUUUGUCGUUCUGGAAACAUCGUUUGGGCUGAGGGUUCGGUUUGACGGGAAUCACCACGCAGACGUCUCCGUUCCAACUUCGUACAGCGGCCUCCUUUGUGGCAUGUGUGGAAAUUUUAACGGCGAGCCCGAAGACGACAACUUGAAACCAGACAAUACAGCAGCUUCUAACACCAACGACCUGGGAGACAGCUGGCAGGUGCCUGACCCACGGCCGGACUGCACUAACGGUGGAGGAGAGGAAGACUGUGAUGAAGAUGUGGAGGAAGAGGCACAGAAGCCCACCAGCUGUGGAAUGAUCACUGAUCCCAAUGGAAUCUUUAAGCCAUGCCACUCUGUUGUUCCUCCUGAGUCCUUCUUUGAGAACUGUGUGUAUGACCUGUGUGCCACCGGCGGCCAGACCGUGGCCCUGUGCCAGGCCAUAGAGAGCUACGCUGACAUGUGUGCUGCUGCAGGAGUCCCCAUCCACUGGAGAGACAACACCUUCUGUCCUCUGAAGUGCCCUGCCGGCAGUCAUUAUGAGCCGUGUACCUCUGCCUGCCCUCAGCCCAGCUGCCAGGACCCUGCAGGUCCCGGGGGCUCCUGCAAGCACCCCUGUGUGGAGGGCUGUGUGUGUAACGAGGGCCUGGUCCUGAGCGGAGACAAGUGUGUCCCACUCAGUGAGUGUGGAUGUACAGAUGAAGAUGGGAAAUACAGACCGGUUGGAGACACCUGGUUCACUGAGACUGACUGUUCGGAGCGCUGUAAGUGUAACGGGAAUCUCAACGUCACCUGUGAGCCGUGGCGGUGCAGCCCGGCGCAGGAGUGCAAGGUGGUGGAGGGAGUUCUGGGCUGUCACUCUACAGGUAAAGGAGUGUGUCAUGUCGCUGGAGAUCCACACUAUUACACUUUUGACGGUGUGAUGCACACGUUCAUGGGUACCUGCACAUACACACUGGUGGAGGUGUGCAACAGCAGCAUGGUAACUCCCUUCAAAGUGGUGGCUAAAAACGAGGAGCGUGGUCAGCCAGAGGCCUCCUACGUCCGCUACGUCAAAGUCUACCUGCCUCACGACACCGAGGUUGAGCUCCAGAAGGGCCGCAGAGUUCUGCUGAAUGGGCGGCGUGUGCGAACCCCGCUCACCAUAGAUGAAGCUGGAGCCAAGGUGAUAACCAGCGGAUCCUACAUCCUUCUGGACACAAACUUUGGCCUCCAGGUGAAGUUUGAUGGAGUCCAUCACCUGGAAGUCACCGUACCUGGAGAAUACUUCAACAAGGUGUGUGGCAUGUGUGGGAACUACAACCACGAUAACUCUGAUGAUAACCUGAUGCCUGAUAAGAGACCAGCCAAGGACGUGAUUGAACUGGGCAACAGCUGGAAAUCGGAUGGAGACAGUGAUCCUGGCUGUCAGCCGGACACGCGCCCCGACAUCCACCCCGACUGCACCACAGAAGAAGAGAAUCUGUAUACGGCUCAGUGUGCUGAGGUCAUCAUGUCUGACCGCUUCAAGCCCUGCCACUCUCUCGUGCCCCCCGAGGCCUUCCUUGGUAACUGCAUCUACGACAUGUGCGAGUAUGACGGCAUGCAGGCGACGCUGUGUGACAACGUGGAGGCGUUCGCCCAGGCCUGCCACAGCGCCGGCGUCACCAUCAGCUGGAGGAACAACACUUUCUGCCCGCUGCCCUGUCCCACGAACAGCCACUACUCAGACUGCACUCCGCCCUGCCCUCCCACCUGCUCUGACCUCUUCCCCAUAUUCUGCCACCUUCCUCCAACCACCUGCGUGGAAGGCUGUCAGUGCAACGCCGGAUACGUCCUCAGUGAUGACAAGUGUGUUGCUCUGGAUAAAUGUGGCUGUGUGGGCUCGGACGGAGAGUAUCAUGAUGUGGGAGACUCAUGGCUGACAGAUAAAUGUUCUGAGUCGUGUACUUGUAACCUUGGUGGUGGAAUCACAUGUAAAAGCCACAGCUGUAACUCAAACUCAGUGUGUGCCCUGGACAAAAACGGAGACGUCUACUGCCAGCCCAGCAAGUUUGACCGGUGCAGCAUCACUGGAGACCCUCACUACAGGACUUUCGACAGCUUCAAGCAUCACUUCCAAGGAGCUAACACCUACAUCCUGACUCAGGGCCACAAUCUCCUGGACUCCCAGGUUUCCCUGCUUGUGAGAGGAAAGAAUAUCAGGCGAGGUUUGAGCAAGAGAGUGUCCGUCCUCGAUCAGAUGUAUGUUGACGUCUACGGCGUCAGCGUUCGUUUCCUGCAGAAGAACGUUGUCCUGGUGAACGGAGAGCGUGUCACACCUCCUCUCAGUCCGGUCAGGGGCUUGACAAUCACAAUGAACUCCAAGGAAGUCCAGCUUUCCACAGACUUUGGACUCACUGUGCGCUUUGAUGGCAAAAUCCGUGGAGAAAUUGAGCUCCCCAGCACAUACAGGCACUCUGUCAGAGGACUGUGUGGAAACUAUGAUGGCAUCACAGGAAACGAGUACAUGAAACCCGAUGGGACAGUGGUCAGGAGUUUGAAUGAAUUUGGAGAAAGCUGGAGAACCAACGACCGAGAGGCUGGUGGGCUGAAGAUCUCUGACGUUCAGAAGGCCGUUCAUGUCCACAGGCGAGAGGUGGAGACAGAUCCAGAGUCAGGAUUUGAGACGUCUGACUGCUCCACAUCUCAACUCAGCGACUACAACAGCGUGAAAAAGUGCGGAGCCCUGUCAGACCCUCAGGGGCCGUUUGUGGCCUGCCAUGACAUUGUGGAACCCCAACCCUACCAGGAUGACUGUUUGUUUGACCUGUGUGCUGAGGAGGGCAGCGAGGAGCUGCGCUGUGGCGGCUACGAGGCGUACGCCACCGCCUGUCAGGAGGCUGGAGUUGAACUGGGAGCCUGGAGGCAGAAUCUGAACUGCGCCCUGACUUGUGGUGCCAACAGCUCCUACUCCCAGUGCAUGACGGCGUGUCCAUCGUCCUGCGGCGACCUGGCAGCACCCUCUGAAUGUGACAUCACUUCCUGUGUGGAAGGGUGCCAGUGUGCCUCUGGUUUCGUGAUGAGCGAGGGGAUCUGUGUGCCGUACCCAGAGUGUGGCUGCACCUUCCUCAACAGAUACUACCCUCUGAAGGAGAAGUUUGUAACUGAAGACUGCUCCCAGUCCUGUGAGUGUACCAGCAGGGGAGCCGUGUGCCAACCCAAGAGCUGCCAGGAGGGUUAUGUCUGCACCAUCUUCGACUUAAAGCGAGACUGCUUCAAAGCAAGUCCCUGCCUCAGUUAUCCCUGUCUGAACGGAGGAACAUGUGUGGCAGACAACAACAACACAUACACAUGUACAUGUCCAGAAGGCUUCUAUGGCGCAAUCUGUGAGAUGGAGGAUACUGAUGCUCCAGGAGGUCUGGCAACCAAGUGGAUAAUCCUAAUUGCAGUCUUGGUCUCGGUUGCCGUCGUUGCCAUUGUGAUUACUGUUGUGUGUGUGUGCACACGGAAAAACAAGAAAAGCCUUUCUGAUGACGGAAGCAUCAGCUUGAAAUCAGCAGGUUAUCCAUAUGAACAGAUGGAUGAUGACAAGAAAGAAAAACGGACCAACAUGUGAUGAUGGUUCACAUGUCAACUUCUGCUCUGCUCUUCUUCUUCAUGUGACAAACUGACACUUUUUAACUUAUAUUUUUGAACUAACCUUUUUUUGUGUGAAAUGUUAAUGUUUCGUUAAUGAACUUGUUCUUUUUAAAAUGUCUGUAAUUUGUGAAUAAAUAUGCCUUUGUUGAAGCACA